AUGGAGAAACAGGCCUCGCCCGUCCCGCUCAGAAACGUUUUGAAAAUUGGUUUGUUGUUGUAUAUGGAAGGCGUGAGAUGGACAGAGUAUUUUUUCGUCCCACCCCCCUCCCCAGCCCACGCACAGAGUAAAAAUAAAAACACCCCGCAAAAAAAAAAGUCUUAUCGAUCCUCUCGAGGAGACCGCGCCGCCGUCUUGCGAUCUCGAGAAGACACUGCCGGAUCUCGUGCGAUCUCGCUGGCGCAGACGUACGGCAUCGCCGCCGCGGACGUAAGGGUCACGUCAUAUCUCGUCGCCGACGAGGUACGGGAUCGCCGCCGCGGACCUUCCUCAAUCUUUUGUCUAGGGUUCCCCGCCUCCGCCGCCGCCUCCGACGGCGCCAUCACGGAACCUCAGGGCAGGUCAGGUCUCCAAGCAGCUUGUGCUUGUGUGGAGUCGCCGCACUCCGCACACCGCUGCCGUGGCGGAUCCCCGGGGCCGCCGCUGCCACUGAACCCCAUGGACGAAGCCGUCCCACGAACGGCCGAUGCAGGCACCACAACAGCAGCUCGUUACCGAAAUAUCAGGGUGUGCAGGAUCAUCUCGUCCAUGCCAUGGAACAAAGCCACCUGCUUGACGAGCUCCAAACAGAGAUGCAGAAUCAAGAGGAGACCUAAACAAGCUUCUUCUCAGUUCAGAAAAAAAAACUCAUUUCUGGCAUAACUCGGCAAUCCCACUCAAAAGGAGGAGCAGUAUCACUUAACCUGUUCAUAUUACCCACAAUAUGAAUUAUCAUCCUCGAUGGCCACUCCAGGGAAGGAUUCUGAUCAAGAAUCACUGUUGCUGGAGCUUUCUCGCAAUGCACAGCACCGAUAGGCAAAACUUCUUUAUGUCAAUACAUGAUGACCUGUUUUA